AGAAAAAGCGGUCAGUAAUACAAUCACUGCAGGUGCUAUAAUGGCGGGAAACCCGAGCGCUUGGCUACCAAAAAGCCUUUUGGGGCGUAUUCUGUGCAUUAAGCUCAUAGGAAUUUGGGUGCUGACUCUGCCUUUGGACGCGAUCAGCAUUGACCAGUUUCAAGCCAAACUUGUGGUGCUGAAUGCGCCGCGCUAUGGACAGCAGCUCGUUGGCAGUACAUCCUAUCAUGUUCGUAAGUACAGCAACGGGGAAUGGGUGCUGUACAGUCUGGUCUUCGGACCCAAUGUGGUCCCGCCGGGCCCCGAGCUCAAGACUGGGGAUGCUGUGGAACUCAUCGUGGAUCUAGACAAGUCUGGUUUCGUAGCCAGUACGAGCAACCCCUCGGCGGUGUUUGGCGGCCCUCCGGGCACGUUGUACGUCUGGUCCUGGUCAGGAGUGCCGGACAGCAACAUCGACUACCCGCUGUACCCGUCCAGCUCAGUGUACUACACGGGCGAUACGGCCAACCCGCUGCGGCUCAGCAUGGCUGUGUGGGUCAUCACGAGCGUCUGCGGCUCACCCGUGGCCAGCCCGAUGACAGCACAGAGGGUAUCGGAGGUGCUCUUCGGGGCCCCCGCCGGCGCCGCCCUCCGACCGCCCGCCGCCAAGAACCCCGUCGCGCCUCCCUUGGCCCUAAACCGCCUGCUAUCUGAGUGUUCGUACGGCAAUAUCGCACUCAAGCGCUCAAACACACUCGUCCUCAACCUAAGUCUGCCGUGCAGCGGCACGAGGCCCAACGGCGCCAAAUGGGACGCGAGCCCGGGUUCAGCCGGUAUCUCCGGCGCCUGCGGCAUGGACGAGCUGUUUGGCUGGAUGGAGUAUGCCGUACAGUUCACCCGGCAGACCCGGCCUGGCUUCGACCCGUCCGCCUACAGCCGCCGGGUCCUGGUGCUGCCACCCGCCGACUCCCCGAUUCCCGGCUACGGAGGGGCCUUAUGUCCGGAUUGGCAACAGCGGGGGAGCUUCGGUUGCGAUGAAACCGAGGGCUGCGACAUCUGGAUCCGGGGCGACUCGUCCCCCUCCUCGUCUUCAGGGCGGCUACUCCAGCGCUUCUCGACACAGCUCGGGUCGUCCAUGCUGCUGCAGCCAGCAGAAACGUCCUCAAGCAUCACCUCAACUGCCUUAACCACUUUAACCGCGUCAACCGCCACUUCCCAACAGCCAACUGAUCCCACCUGUCCCCUGGGAUCGACUGAUGCCGGGGCUUACAGUUGCUUCAACGGUCCCAACGCCUACAAACUGUAUUUGGCCGAACCGGUUCACCGCUUUGACGUCAACAACAUCGGGCUGUUGAAUGCGACGCAGCCGCCGCAGGGCCUGGAACCUGCGCCGCCGUCGGUUCUUCUGGCGGCGUUGUCGCCCGGAGAGUCGUACUGGUUUGAUCCUGCCAAGAUUGUGGUGAGGUUUCAGAGCCUGGCCCCGCCCCCCGAGGAGGAUGCGGCUGGGCUGACCGGCGGGGAGGCUCUCCUGGAGCUCUGCCGCUAUACGGCACGUACGGAGGCGGACGGCAUGGGCGGGUGCUUCGACGGCAUGGACAACGACUGCGAUGGGCUGGUCGACUAUGAGGACGAGGACUGCAUCAGCACGUAUGGCUACUGA